AUCCCUUUGUACCAAUUGCCCCUUUAGCUUCUUCCGCCUCCGUCCGACUCAAAAGAACUCUUUCCUUUUCAGAGUCUCAAAACCAAAGCAGAAGGCAGAGAGAUGGAUUCAACAGGUGAAACCCAGAUGACACCAACCCAUGUUUCCGACGAAGAAGCAAACCUCUUCGCCAUGCAACUCACCAGUGCCUCUGUCCUCCCCAUGGUCCUCAAAUCAGCCUUGGAGCUUGACCUUCUCGAGAUCAUCAACAAGGCAGGUCCGGGCGCCUACUUAUCCCCGGCAGACAUUGCCUCCCACCUCCCCACCAACAACCCAGAUGCUCCCGUCAUGCUCGACCGUAUUCUGAGGCUUCUGGCCAGCUACUCCAUCCUCACUUGCUCUCUGCGUACCCUUCCAGAUGGAAAGGUCGAUCGCUUGUACGGCCUCGCCCCUGUCUGCAAGUUCUUGACCAAGAAUCAGGACGGUGUCUCUAUUGCUCCUCUCUCUCUCAUGAAUCAGGACAAGGUCCUCAUGGAGAGCUGGUAUUAUUUGAAAGAGGCAGUUCUUGAAGGAGGCAUACCAUUUAACAAGGCCCAUGGUACGACUUCAUUUGAAUAUCACGGAAAGGAUCUAAGAUUCAACAAGGUUUUCAACAAGGGAAUGUCAGAUCACUCCACCAUUACCAUGAAGAAAAUUCUUGAUACCUACAAAGGCUUUGAGGGCAUCACAUCCGUAGUCGAUGUCGGUGGUGGGAUUGGAGCUGUGCUUAGCAUGAUUGUCUCUAAAUACCCAUCAAUUAAGGGCAUUAACUUUGAUUUGCCUCAUGUGAUUGAGGAUGCUCCAUCUUAUCCUGGUGUGGAGCAUGUAGGCGGAGACAUGUUUGCGAGCGUUCCCAAAGCAGAUGCUAUAUUCAUGAAGUGGAUAUGUCACGAUUGGAGCGAUGAACACUGCUUAAAGUUUUUGAAGAACUGCUAUGAUUCCCUCCCAGAUAAUGGGAAGGUGAUUGUUGCAGAAUGCAUUCUUCCAGAGGCCCCUGACUCAAGCCUCGCAAGCAAGGUUACUAUACAUAUUGACUGCAUCAUGUUGGCUCAUAACCCAGGAGGAAAAGAGAGGACACAGAAAGAGUUCGAGGCCUUGGCUAAAGGAGCUGGAUUUCAAGGAUUCCAAGUGGUGUGUUGUGCCUUCAAUACUAACAUCAUGGAAUUCCUUAAGAAGGCUUGAUUUUUCCCAUGUAUUUUGGCUUCUGAGGUUGUGAUUACGUUGUCUUAAAGGUGCUUUUCCAGUGAUUGUACUUUUUUUGCAUACAGGAAACAAGAAGAAAGUUACUUUUAUGUUGGUUGUGUCCAAAUAAAUAUUGUUGGAAGUUUCAUUGAUGUGAAUUUGUUGUAUGUAAAUAUCAUAUGUCAACUGCAGAAUUGGAUCUGUGAGAGAUGAAUGAUAAAUGCUGAUUUAAAUA